AUGAACUUCUAUCAGUCCAACUUCGCGGCCUUUGUGCUGCUCAAUGCCGUCCUGGCGUAUCGGGAAUACAGACAGGGAGGGGAGGUGCCGUUGUUGGAGAAGGAGAAUAAUCCGAGGAAACAGGUCGAGAGUAAUGAUAAGGAGGCUUUGAAGAGGUUUAAAUGGCGGUUUCUACCGAUUUAUUUGCUGGUUAAUGGGGCGGAUUGGUUACAGGGACCGUAUAUCUAUCCUCUGUACAAAGACGAAAAAGGUCUAGCAGAAGAAGUAGUCGCCGCCCUCUUCAUGACCGGUUUCCUCGCCGCCGCCAUCUCCGCCUCCUUCACCGGAAAACUCGCAGAUAAAUACGGUCGACGCCUAGCAUGCCUCUGUUUCUGUCUCACCUACUCUCUCUCCUGCCUCACCCUCCAAUCAAACGACAUUAUAAUUCUCUUCGCGGGACGAGCCCUGGGUGGCAUCAGCACGACGCUUAUGUACUCGGUUUUCGAGAGUUGGAUGGUCACCGAAUAUAAUGUCAUGUUUCCCGAUGCGCCGGAUAGCACUUUGAGUGGGAUUUUCAGCACGAUGACGACUUUGAAUAGUGUAGUUGCCAUUUUGGCGGGCGUUAUUGCGGAGUGGGUUACGGAUUUGACGGGGACGGAAAAGGCGCCUUUUAUGACUGCGAUUAUUUGUUUGUUUGUUGCGGCUGCGGCUAUUUGGAAGAACUGGGGAGAAAACUAUGGCGAGGUAUCGUCAAAUCAUGGCGCUUUGGAUGUUGAAAAUCUGGCAACGCCGAAAAAGAGCACACUGCGGUUAUUCUUGGAUGAUAAACGACUUUUGGCUCUGGGCGUAACAUCCUGCUUUUUCGAAGGCUCGAUGUACAUUUUCAUUUUCUUCAAAUUUCCCGCCUUGAAAUUAUCACACAAACUUGCGGGUCUUGAAUCUGACCUGCCUUUUGGCUUGAUCUUUGCGAUUCUCAUGUGCAGCAUGAUGCUCGGAUCCCUGCUGUACAACUAUGUCGUGACCCGACACUCUCACAUCACCCCCUCGCAGAUACUGAUCACGAUGCUUUCCGUUGCAUCUGCCUCGUUCGUCGUUCCAGUCCUUGUUCGAGAUGAACACAUCACAUUUUGGUGUUUCUGCUUGUUCGAGGUUUGCUGUGGAGUUUAUUUCCCGUUGAUGGCGUAUCAGAAAGGCAAGGUCAUCGACGAUAGUGUGAGGGCGAAUGUGUACGGUUUGAUUCGGGUACCAUUGAAUGUGUUCGUGGUCCUGGUUCUGAGCACUACACGAGAAGGCACCCAGCACCGAGACAUGGUUUUCACCAGCUGUAGCGCACUGCUACUCACAGCUGUUGCGGUAUGCAACGCUUAUUUGUGA